CGGGCUCCACCUUGGGAUCGAGACCCUCGAUGGAUGAGGGAGUUUAAUCCUCCCGGGGCAAGGCUCACAGAGGAGCUCCAGAGAGACACGGCCGGGGGCCGUGGAACGGCCGCCUGAGUGGGGAGGGGGCCGAAGCCCGGGCUCCGACCCCUGCCCGAAGACGACAGACCCCUCCACCCCAAGAAAGGGGUAGCGAUCAACUGGGGGUGAGACUCCGCUCGCUCGCUCUGACCCAAGUCCCCUUCUGGGUUCCAACGGAGAGCCGUCAUCUACGAAGGUGACCAUGGGCCAGAAGAAGGUGGCUGUGAUCGGAGCCGGGAUCAGUGGGCUGGGGGCUAUCAAGUGCUGCCUGGAGGAGGGGCUGGAGCCCACCUGCUUUGAAAAAAGCGAUGACAUCGGGGGUCUCUGGAGAUUCCGGGAGAAGACGGAAGACGGGGCCCCCAGCAUCUACCGGUCCGUGACCAUCAACACGUCCAAGGAGAUGAGCUGCUUCAGCGACUUCCCCAUCCCGGACCAUUUUCCCAACUACAUGCACAACUCCCAGCUCCUGGAGUAUUUGCGGAUGUACGCCACGCACUUUGACCUCCUCAAACACAUCUCUUUUCAGACCGAGGUGGUCAGCGUGAGGAAGCGGCCGGACUUCCCUUCCAGCGGCCAGUGGGACGUGACGACGGAGGCCGCCGGGAAGAAAGAGUCCCACGUCUUCGACGGGAUCCUGGUCUGCAGCGGGCACCACACCGAACCCCACCUGCCGCUGGACUCCUUCCCCGGAAUCAACAGGUUCAAGGGUCACUAUUUCCACAGCCGGGAGUAUAAGAGUCCCGAGGAGUUCGCGGGGAAGAGGGUCGUCGUGAUCGGCGUGGGGAAUUCUGGGGCCGACGUGGCCGUGGAACUGAGUCACACGGCCAAACAGGUGUUUCUCAGCACAAGGCAAGGAGCUUGGAUCUGGAAUCGGGUUUGGGACGCAGGCUAUCCCAUGGACACCGUCCUCUUCACUCGCUUUAACGAGGUGCUCAAGAAGACCCUCACCACGUCCAUGUUGAACGACUGGGCCGAGAACAAACUCAAUUCGAGGUUUGACCACGCCAACUACGGCCUGCAGCCUCAGAAAAGGUUUCUAAACUCCCAGGUGAGCAUCAACGACAACCUGCCCAAUCACAUCAUCUCCGGCCGGAUCGUGGUGAAGCCCAACGUGAAGGAAUUCACCGAGUCGGCCGCCGUCUUCGAAGACGGCAGCGCGGAGGAGCCCGUCGACGUGGUCAUCUUCGCCACCGGCUACACGUUCUCUUUCCCUUUCUUCGAAAAGCCCGCGGAGGUCAUCGACGACCAGGUGUCCCUCUUUAGCCGGGUCUUCCCUCCGACCCUCGAGAGGCCGACGCUGGCGUUCGUCGGCCUGGUCCAGCCCGUGGGGGCCCUGAUCCCAACGGCGGAACUGCAGAGCCGCUGGGCCACCCGGGUGUUCAAGGGGCUGUGCAAACUACCCUCCGCAGAAGACAUGAUGGUUGACAUCGCCCGGAAGAGGGAGGCCAUGGAAAAAAGGUUCGCCCAGAGUCCCCGCCACUGUCUCCAGGAGGAUUACAUUAAAUACAUGGACCGGCUGGCCUCCCUGGCGGGCGUGAAGCCCAGCCUGCCGUCUCUCCUCCUCUCGGACCCCAAGCUGGCGAGGGAGGUCUUCUUCGGCCCCUGCACGCCUUACCAGUAUCGGCUGCAGGGCCCGGGGAGGUGGGCCGGAGCGAGACGAGCCAUCCUGACCCAGAGAGGACGCAUCCUUAAACCCCUGAGGACCGGCCCCGUCAGGAGCGGCCCCAACCUGUCGCGGUGGCCGUCUUGGUUUAUGUGCCUGUGUGUCGGAGCGGGCCUGCUGCUCUUCGUCCGGUCCUGCUGCUAAGCGUUGUCGGGGGUUCUCAAGCGGGGAAAGGAUCCACUUCCUGACCCUGA